UGUGGAUGUGCGUCUCGUAGCUAUUAUUUAUUGUAAGGAAAUAUCAAGGAAAACAAAUAUAUAUCGAUUAAAUCGAGAACAAAAUAUACAGUCAAACAUUCACAUUUUGUAACAUAUUCAUAACACAUUUUUUUGUCUGACAGAAAUUAUCGUUUUCAAAAUUUUGCUAUGAAAUCAUCCGAGUUUCUUUUGUACCUAUUGCUAAUGAUGCCUGUUUUAGCCAAUGGAUGGGGCUAUUAUACUCGACGCCGGCGAAGGUACAGAGAAGAAAAACCGACAAUAGUAACUGCUGCAGAUUUUGACGACUUUGAAGCCGAGCAGCUAUUUUGGCACAAUUAUUUGCGCAAAGAAUUUAAUGGCCCAGAGCUCAAACUGGAUCGCUCUCUCUCCGACGACUGUACAGCGUAUGCCAAAACGCUUAUCGCUAAUAAAGGCAAAGAUACUUACAAUAACUCCGCCGACUACGGUCAAAUCGUGUAUAAAAGCAUGUUUCCAGAGCACUGCUCUCUCGAUUGGACCAAACUACGUCGGAAGUAUUUUGAAGGAAUGCUAGAACCUUAUGAAAAAUCGAUUUUUACUCAAAUGGUUUGGAAAAACAGCUCAACUUUUGGAAUCGGCGCCGCUAAGAGAGCAGAUCAUAAUUAUUACGUUGUUUUAAGAUAUAAGCCUAGAGGCAAUAUCGCUAAUCAAUAUAACGCAAAUGUGCCGAGGAAAAUGCGUGGUAGGGCAAGCAGCCGUAGUAUAAACCACUUGACAUUUUUUUUAGCGCUGGUAUUAUUACAUUUGCUUGGAAAGGAAGAGCGAGACUGUUAAAAAUACAUGCACAUCUGUAAAAUAGGAUGGCAAAUUCUGGUGUGCAUGUGGUAAGGUGAAAGUAAUUUUCUGUCAUAAACUGCAGGCGGACCGGCCCAUUCGAUAAAGCUAGAACAAUACAACUCCCCUUGGGAAUAAGCCUCAGUAGGCCGA